AUGGCGUCGGGCAUAGAGAAUCUCACUGAGAAAAAUUACCGUACUAUGCUCUGGACCCUAUAUACGGUCGCUGUCUUUAUCACAGUCCUUCGACUCGCCGUCCGCUACUUUCAGAUGAAGCGCCUCCUUUGGGACGAUGCCUUUGCGAUUUUCGGUCUUAUAUCCUUCACGGUCAUGGUGGUCCUGGCCGAACUGAUGUGCGAAAAAAUAUACAUGCUCAUAACUUUCAGCGAAGGCGGAUCGCUGGGACCUAAAUACACCGAGACGAAACAAAUUACGGACGGCAUAAUAGACCAACUCAUCAUGCAGUUCUACUUCAUGAUGUUGUUCUGGACCACACUUUGGAGCAUCAAGGGAUCCUUUUUGAUGUUCUACCGCAGACUCUUCACGGGGACCGACGGCUACAUGAAAUGGUGGUGGGCUGUGGUGGCUUUCACCAUCGCUACUUAUAUCGCUUCCGUGCUUACAAAUGUCAUGGUUUGCCUUCCUCUCUGGAGACGAUUUACUCUGAAUACGCAAGAUCUGUGUGGUGUCGUAGGUGCCCGGAGGGCCAUUUGGGUAGCAACUACGAUCGAUAUUUUAUCGGACAUCUUUAUCGCAAUGCUGCCAAUUCGUCUGCUGUUCCAGCUCAGGAUCUCAACCAGCCAAAAACUAGGAGUGGGAGGCAUUUUCUCUCUAGUCGGCUUCAUCAUAGCUGUGGCCAUCGUUCGAAUGAUAUAUGUUCUAAAUUCUAUUUCGACCGAUACACGCCAUAACAUCAGUGUGACGAUGUGGUCAGUACUGGAGGCGGGCGUUGGUAGGAAUCUCACCUUUGCAUACAUGGGAUAUCUGCUAACUUCCAUACCAGCGGUUAUUGUCGGCAGCCUGCCAGCCCUCAAGUCUCUCAUAACAAAAAGGCACGGCAACUCAACUUACGGUUCCUCGGCCAAGAGAUACAAGCAUAGCGGCAGCAGCAAGACCAUAAGCUCGGCGCGAUCUGGCCCUCAUAAGGGCCCUCACAUCCGUCUACACGACCUCCCGUCUGCUGGAACCCACAACUCGAUUGAAGCUAGCGGGCCUGGCUGGGACAGCGAAGAUGCGAUAUACCUGCGGAGCUUGGAUCUAGGUAAAGGGAUCAUACAGACGCAGGAAGUCAGCGUACACUCUCACGACCCUAAUCAAAAGUGCCCGGAGGGCCCCCACAUCUACUCCUCUUAUGCAUGA